AUGCUUUACACUGCUGCUCUAACCGGCCUCAUGGCCACUGCUGCCCUGGCUGCUCCUUACCGCCGUCAAACCUCAACCGGCCUAAACGUUGUCUACUGGGGCCAGAACGGUGGUGGUACUAUCGAGAACAACGAUCUUUCUGCUUACUGUACUGCUGAAGCCGGUAUCGACGUCGUCGUACUUAGUUUUCUUUAUCAAUAUGGUAAUGGCGUCGAAAUUGCAGCGGGAACAAUUGGCCAGAGCUGCUCCAUUGAUACCUCUGGCAACCCUUCAAACUGUGAUGAGCUCAGCGCAGCCAUCGCUACCUGCAAGUCCAAUGGAGUCAAGGUGAUCUUAUCCCUAGGUGGCGCGGCCGGUGCCUAUUCUCUCUCUUCUCAGCAGGAAGCCGAGACAAUUGGCCAAAAUCUCUGGGAUGCUUAUGGCGCAGGAAAUGGUACUGUUCCGAGACCCUUCGGAAGCAAUAGUUUGGACGGAUGGGAUUUCGAUGUAGAGGCGAGUAGCGGCAACCAGUACUACCAGUACUUGAUCGCUAAGCUUCGCUCAAACUUCAACGGCGGCAACUACGUGAUUACCGGUGCUCCUCAGUGCCCAAUUCCGGAACCAAAUAUGCAGCAAAUCAUUACCACUUCCCAGUUUGACUAUCUUUGGGUUCAGUUCUACAACAACCCAUCUUGCUCCGUUGGAACAUCAACCCCUAACUUUGAUGAUUGGGUUUCCAACAUUGCCAACACUCCUUCUGCUAAUGCCAAGAUCUUCCUUGGAGUUCCGGCGAGCCCACUCGGCGCAACUGGCACUGAAUCCGGUGCUAAAUACUACCUUGAACCCUCUGCUCUCAACACUCUCGUUGGCCAACAUAAGGACAAUGCCGCUUUCGGUGGUGUCAUGAUGUGGUCUGCCGGAUUCUCUGACUCCAACGUCAACAACGGAUGCACUUACGCUCAAGAGGCUAAGAAGAUCCUCAGAUCUGGUCAGAUCUGCUAAAUGUCGAGACAAUAAGCCUCGAAUUCGCUCUCACGAGACAUGAAGAACAGUCCACCCUUUUGGAAUGAUCACCUUUCCUUUUCUGCACAUUUCUUCUUUCAUCAUCUCUUCUCUUCUCUUGAUUACUGUUUAUAUUUUUCCUUUUGGGACCGAUGUAUUUACUUUUGCACUCGCUGGUAGAGAGAAUAUACAUAGAUGCGC